GAGGCUAAAGUAACAGCUCUGUUAUUCCGGUGAAAGCAUGGCAACAGAGGGACAGAAAGUGGUGCUGAUCACCGGCUGCUCGUCCGGUAUCGGGCUCGCGAUCGCCGUGAUGCUCGCGAGAGACGAGAUGAGGCGCUACUACGUCAUAGGUACAAUGCGGGAUCUGAAGCGGAAGGAUAAGUUAGUUGAAGCGGUGGGAGACGCGUACGGUAAAACUCUGUCUCUGCUUACACUGGACGUCUGUAGCGAUGAAUCUGUCAAACAGUGUGUCGACAGCAUCAAAGAUCGACAUAUAGACAUACUGAUUAAUAACGCUGGCGUGGGUCUGGUGGGGCCGGUUGAGGGUCUCGGCAUGGAUGACAUGAUGAAGGUGUUCCAGACUAACUUCUUUGGUGCGGUUUGCAUGAUUAAAGAGGUGAUGCCUGACAUGAAGAGGAGACGCUCUGGACACAUCAUCGUCAUCAGCAGUGCGAUGGGCCUGCAGGGUGUGGCGUUUAAUGAUGUUUACUCGGCUUCAAAGUUUGCCAUAGAGGGGUUCUGCGAGAGUCUGGCCGUCCAGCUGCUCAAGUUUAACAUCACUAUGUCAAUGAUCGAGCCCGGGCCCGUACACACUGAGUUUGAGAUGAAGAUGUUUGCAGAUGUUUCUAAGAAAGAGUAUGUCGGUACUGAUCCAGAGACGCUACACCACUUUAGGACCUGCUACCUGCCCAGUGCAGCGAACAUCUUCCAAGGCCUGGGCCAAACACCUGAAGACAUCGCCAAGGUCAGAAAUCAUGUCAGUUAAGGCCCGUUCACACCAGGAACGAUCGCAAUAACCAUGAAGUUUUAAUAAUCGCUCUAAGUCUAUAUAAUAGCAA